GUAGACUCUUAAGAAGACUGAAGGAACCAUGGGCUUAAGGAAUGAAGCUUUUCCCAAUCCACAAAGGAACAGAUGAUAUUGUAUGCGACGGAAACGAAUAGUGUUCCAACAGGAACUCCAAGCCAAAUUCCUACCAGUCUCAAGCCCACCACAUGUGAGAAUAUGUAAGCUAGAGGAACUGAGAAUACCCAAAAUCCUACUAGAGUAAGCCAACUGGCAUACUUUUGGUAGCCAAUAGCUCUGACAGUUCCAGAAGUUACUGUUUGUAAGUUAUCGAAAAACAACAUGAGAGAAAAAUAUGGGACUAUGCUGACCACCAACUUGACAACGUUGAGUUCUUGAGUAUAAAUG